AGAUGCAAGUGAGUUCCGGCUAAUGGAACAGCAGGGCUGGCGAGAGGAAUAAUAAACAGCAAUGGGAGAAAUAUUUGAGUUUGCGAGCAAAUUUAGUUCAUGUUCCGUGACCCAGCUGAACGAGUUGCUCGAAGAUGACGAAAAGCUUAGUAAAAUCGUCAAAGAAAUGGACGAGAUGCAAGAGGUUCAGCAGUCUAAGGAGAUGACCCUUGCCAGUAAUCGCAGUCUUGCAGAACAGAACCUUAGCCUUCAACCUUGCCUGGACCAACAAAAGAUGCAGUUAACCAAGCGAUACUGCAGUUUACAGGAGCUCUUUGAGGCCUACCAGCUCCGCAAGUCCACUCUAGAUCACAGUUCAGGGAAAAGCUCACUGGAUACUCUAUUAGCCUUGCUGCAAGCUGAGGGGGCCAAGAUUGAAGAGGAAACAGAGAACAUGGCUGAUUCUUUCCUCGACGGAGAUUUGUCUUUGGAUACGUUCAUCGAAGCCUACCAGAGCAAGAGGAAGCUGGCUCAUUUGCGGCGUGUGAAGAUUGAUAAGCUGCAGGAGAUAGUGCUCAAAUGCUUCCAGAUGCCACAGGCCUCAGUUAAUCAGCCUGUGCAGCCUGACAUCCCCAACUCUCCUGUACCCUUCCAUGGCCAAGCUAAUGGCUCCCCGGUUCCUCUGAGACCACCACCCACCCCAACUCAACCAACAGGGCAGCAGUCGGCUUUGUCAUACCCAGCAUCUCCCUACCCUUCUGUCCCUCUACCUAAUAUGGUGCCAUCAUACUCUAGUCCUUUUAUACAGCAGUAUGCACCAGCACUUCCUCAGAGGCCCAGUCCUGGUCUACCCCCAAGGACUGGCUACAUCAUGCAAUGAAGUAAUACUUAAAAUGCCCUUAAACUUUUUUUUUUUUCUUCCCUUCAGUGGAAAUGUAUAAACAGGGCAUUCUGCUCUGUUUCUCAAGCACUUUGAUCUUGUACAGAUUUGGGUACCUUACUCUCAUUGUCGACGUUCUUGAUCAUUUCUCUCAAUUGCUAAAAUUAUCAAGAGAGAAUUCCACCAUUCUUUCUAAUUUUACUCACAGCUGCAGUAAGGUUUUCAUUUGUCAGAGAUUGUAGGAGUAAAUAUUUUCUCAGUAUAUUCAUAAAUGGGUCUGUCAGGUAUAACUAAGAAGUCUAAACUGGUGCAAACAGUCUAUUCUAAACUCAAUUCAGGUCAGAAACAUGUCUACAAUUAUACAUGUACUUUAGUUUACUUGUAAUUUUGGGAUAAAAUGGCCUGUUAUGUCAAAUUUUGAGAAGCACUGAGCUGCUAUUCAAAUACAGAUAUAUGGGAACUGCAAAGGCUUAUGAAAUAAUCAUGUAAAUUACAUGUGAAGAAUUAGGGAGGGGGAGUGUUGUGUGAAUGUCUAAAGUAUGCUAAAGCGUAAGCAGUGAGUGGUUUAUAUGCAAAUUGAAGAGUUGUGGAUAUGCUGUGUUCAUUUUUUUUGUGCAUUUUGUCCAUUAGCAUUAGGCUAUUAACAUACUGGAUUUCUGGGUUGAAUUAACCAGCAACCAAAGAUGUCUUUUUCAUUUCUUCCUGAUACUAAAUAUAUUUUGUUUCUUAACUGAUUUUGAAUGUAGUAUAUCCAUUUAAACGCACUGAAAACUAGACUUCUUUCAGUACUGAUGCAAUUACUCUGUGUCAUUAUCUUUCUAAUCUCUCUUGGGGAUGAACCUAAAAUGUUUUUUUUCAUGUUUCAAUCAAAAAUCAGACUAGCUGGUUAUUUGUCUUUGUGAAAAUUAUUAGGUAGCACCUGCCCCUUAGACAUUAUGGUACCUGUGAAUUCCUGUCUUUGCUAAACCUUAGAAUUACAUGAUGUGCAAUGUUUUAAGAUGGCAUUUGUACUAUGCAGCCCUUGAUCCUCCAAUCAAACCACAUACAAAUAUCCUUUAAAUAUGUUUAAACAAUGAGGUCAUGGCUAAAAUUGUGUAGCAUUAAUGAGACAUUAGAUGUAGUAUAUAGUAGAUUAAAUCUGGACCGGUCUGAAUCAAAACUUUUUACAAAUCUCUGCAGGCUUCAAAGGUAACUGUCAUUUUAGGAUUUUUCAUCUUCUGUACAGCUUUGUCUAGGAAUUAAUUAUUGAAAAUGAGUCAUCCUACUGGAUUUGAAAUAACAGCCAUAACUCAAGUGUGCCUUGCAGCAAGUUGUUUUUUUUUUUUUUUUCACCCAUUGAUAUUUAGGCCAUUUGUUUUUGCCCCACCCCCCAUUAUUGGGCUCUCACUGUCAAAUUCGCUCAUGGUAAGAGGUGUCAUCCUAGUGUAAUGCAUGUUAUAAAGCCUUUUUCAUACUGUUGUACACUACAUGGAACACUCCUUAUGUAAAGUAUGUCGUAAUUGUUUUCUUAGUGGUGAACAUUUAAUGUUAUUUGAUUUUAUAAAAAUCCUAAUAAAAAGAAAACAAACCAACUUGUAAUAUAA